CCCUGCUCUACUUAUUUAUUGAUCAAUCCCAGCUGCUACCCAUAUACAUAAUUAUAUUUUGGGAAAACUAUGUCUAUCCCAUACAGUGGAACACUUAGAAGAUCUGGAGGCGUAGUAUCUGCUAUUGGAAAACAGCUAAGACUCGUCAAUUUGAAAGCUGCUAAGAGAAUUACAGUCAAAUUUGACCCAUUUGGUGAUAAUGUAACACAUACAAGGAAUUUCCUUCAUUACAUAAGCUCAACAAAAAUUAGUUUGACUAAUCCCAAUUGCGCACUGAAAACAGAAAUUGUUUGCGACCGCAGUGAGCCUACUGUUGAUAUCACAUUAACACCUUCAAUUGCAGAGACGGCCAAAAUAAAAAACGUUACAUUAAAAAGUGGGAACCUCACCUGUUUAGAAAUUUUACAAUUGUUGAACAAACAUAUCUCAUCACUGGCCCCAGUGGAACAGCCAGCAGCUACAAUCCAAACCAAAACAGAAAAGAAGACCAAAAGGAAGUAGAUAAUAUCAUACAAGAUGACGAGGUCAAAUAAAGGCAAUCUAAAUGUAGUGGAAGAGCUCUACAACCAGAUUCCAGCAUUUACAGAUGUAUUUUCUGAAGACACAUUCUACAUAUUUGUUGUAUUCUUUGUAAUGUCAACAAUAUUGGUUGCUUUUAUUCUGUCUAAGUUCAUUACUAUCAAACCUGUAGAAUAGUUGUUAGAAUGUAUGGAUAAAUAUUUAUGUUUAAAAUUACAGUAAAGUUUAAAAAUGUAUCAAUUUACAUAUAAAUAAAACAGUACCUUUAUUAAUUACAAAA